GCACACCCGCGUACCCACAACCUCCCACAGCUUUACAUCCGCCGUUCCGUACCUUCUAGCGGCCAUUCUCCUCUGCCGUUCUCCUUUCUCCGUCUUCAUCAACAAUCACCUCCGAGUAUCGAACCAAGGCGACCAACUAUUUUGAUGGGUUUUCUUGAACUUCGGGCGCCCACGGCGUUGCGCUCGGCCAUGAUGGCUGCUGGCGAGCCGUGGGACAAUCAAAUAUCACUAACAGGCUCCUCGCCGCUUGCUAUUCUCACAUCGUCCCACGACUCGCAUCCACCACUCGACCACCUAGUCCUUCUCGUUUUCGGCGCCGUCCUCGAAGUUGUCUGCGUCAGUUUGCCAGGAUACGUCAUCGCGCGGCUUGGUCACUUUGAUGCCGACAAGCAAAAGUUUCUAGCCAACCUCAAUGUUAUGCUAUUCACGCCAUGCCUGAUCUUCACCAAGCUCGCCUCCCAAUUAAACGCCGAGAAGCUCGUCGAACUCGGCGUCAUCCCCAUCAUCUUUGUCAUUCAAACACUAGUCUCGUAUUUUGUCUCUCGUGUGGUGGGAAAAUGCUUUGGCUUCAACCGUCGCGCCUCCAACUUUGUCACCGCCAUGGGCGUGUUCGGCAACUCAAACUCGCUGCCGAUUUCUCUGGUUAUUUCUCUUUCGCAGACACUUAAGGGUCUUCACUGGGACAGGAUAAAAGAUGAUAGUGAUGAGGAGGUUGCCGCAAGAGGUAUCCUGUACCUCAUGAUUUUCCAGCAACUCGGGCAGCUAGUCAGAUGGAGUUGGGGUUACCAUGUUCUUUUGGCGCCAAAGGACAAGUAUGACGAAUAUGCCGAUGAGACUGUCGAGGAAGGUAGAUACGGCGCGCUUUCGCCCGAUGGAUCAUCAGAGACACAGGGUCUUCUCGUGGGUGUUCACCCAGACACCGUAGGCAUCGAACGGCCUUCUAGCCCAACUCAUACGGAUGAUUCGGCAGUUUACGAACCUGCCGGUCGAACACCUGUUGCUGGAUCCUCGAGACACUCACCUCACGAGUCGGAUGAUGAGGGCCACGAUGCCUGGAAGAAACCCACUGGCAACGGUGUUGAUGGUGCCAACGGCACUCUUAACCAGCUCGAAGGCAACGAAGAAGAUCUUAACCGGAUUUUGUCCUUUCCUCGAAUUCGUAACAACGAUGAGGCUGAGACUCCUAAAGGUGUCAAGGGUCUUCCUGUGCGCAUCGGCCGGGCCACGAGGAAAUACCAAGCCCGGGUGACCAACUACAUCUGCGACAUCUCCCGCAAGACGUACCAUUCGCUCCCCCGUCCCGUCCAGGCACUUCUCUCAGGCAUCUACUCCGUCUGCCAACGCGUCUACAACUUCCUUUGGGAAUUCAUGAACCCUCCUCUCUGGGCCAUGCUCCUCGCCAUCCUGGUUGCGUCGAUCAAAGACCUUCAAGAGCUGUUCUUUAAGGACGACACCUUUGUGAAGACGUCGGUCACGGCUGCCCUCCGGUCAUCGGCCGGUGUUGCCGUCCCUUUGAUCCUGGUUGUCUUGGGUGCAAACCUGGCUCGGAAUACGCAAAACCAUGAGACUGUUGACCCCGAGGAGAAGGAGAUCGGCAAGAAGCUGCUGGUUGCCAGUUUGAUCAGCAGGAUGCUGCUGCCGACGUUGAUUAUGGCGCCUAUUUUGGCCCUGUUUGCCAAGUAUGUGCCCGUCAGCAUCUUGGACGACCCGAUCUUUGUGGUGGUGUGCUUCCUUUUGACGGGGGCGCCGUCGGCGUUGCAGUUGGCGCAGAUUUGCCAGAUCAAUGGGGUUUAUGAGGGGGUUAUGGGGAGGAUUCUGUUUCAGAGUUAUGUUAUUUGGAUCCUGCCUUCGACACUCGUCCUGGUGAUGUGUGCGUUGGAGGUUUUGGAGUGGGCUGCGUGA